UAUAUAUAUACACACACACUCACAGGGAAGAAGAAGCAGAAGCAGCACCAGCAUGGGCUCUUCCUUCAUGGUGAAGACAGUGGCCACAAAGCCCCUGGUCAUCAAGAUCAACCUCGCCUUCAUCAGCUUCUUCCUCUCCGCCUACUUGCUAUUGCUGCUGCUCCACUCGCCGCCGACGCCGUCGCUCCGCGAACAGAGGAGCAAUGCCGACGAGAUCAUCCUCUGUUCCUUGCGCAACUGCCACUUUAAGAAGGUAAGGGUCAAGGAGCAGGGAAGUGGAAACGCCAUGGAGAGGAUCCCAAGCUUCCUCAAUUCCUUGCCCGCCAACACUGAGGUCGCCUUGGUCAACAUCGGCGUUGCUGAAGCCUCCGAUAGGGGACUCCUCGUCGGCCGGCGGAUUCCCGUCGCGUUCGAGCGCGUCUCCAGCAACUUACGGUGGGAGGACCUGUUCCCCGAAUGGAUAGACGAGGAUGAGGAGAACGGGGAACCCUCGUGCCCCGAGAUCCCAAUGCCGGACUUCUCCUCCUACGGCGUGGUCGAUCUGAUUGCGGCCAAGCUCCCGUGCGAGGGGCGGCGGCGGGACGUGUUCAGGCUGCAGGUCCAUCUGGUGGCAGCGGGGAUGGCGGCGCGGCGGGGGAGGCGGGGCGCACGCGGGGCGGUGAGGCUAGCGCUGCUGAGCGCGUGCCGGCCGAUGAUGGAGCUGUUCCGGUGCGACGACGUGGUGGCCAGGGAGGGUGAGUGGUGGGUGUUCGAAGUGGAGGCGUGGAGACUGGAGCAGAAAGUGACGCUGCCGGUCGGCUCUUGCGAUCUGGCGUCGCCACUGAGGGUGAAGGGGAGCGGUAGGGUUUUCGAUAUAUCGAAGCUCGUCGGCGCGCCGGAGGUGGCCGACGGUCGUGAGGCCUACGCCACCGUGAUCCACUCCUCCGACCAGUAUGUGUGCGGCGCCAUCGCGCUCGCGCGCAGCAUCAUCAGGACGGGCACCGCCCGCGAUCUGGUGCUGCUCCACGACAAGUCCAUCCCCGGCGAGAAGCUUGUGGCGCUGACCGCCGCCGGGUGGCAGCUCCGCGAGAUCGAGCGCAUCCGCAACCCCCGCGCGCAGAAGGGCUCCUACAAUGAAUACAACUACAGUAAGCUCCGGCUGUGGCAGCUGACCGAGUACCGCAAGGUCGUCUUCGUAGACGCUGACGUCCUCGUCCUUCGUAACCUCGACCUCCUCUUCCGCUUCCCCCAGGUGUCGGCCGCCGGAAACGACGGCGUCAUCUUCAACUCCGGCGUUAUGGUACUAGAGCCCUCGGCGUGCACCUUCGCGGCGCUUAUGGCUGCGCGGGCGGACGUGGUGUCGUACAACGGCGGCGACCAGGGGUUCCUAAACGAGGCCUUCGUGUGGUGGCACCGCCUGCCGCGGCGGGUCAACUUCCUGAAGAACAUCUGGUCCAACACCACGGCGGAGGCGAGUGUGAAGAACCGCCUGAUGGGUGCCGCCGCUGGCCCCGGCGGCGAACUCUACGCCAUCCACUACCUCGGCAUCAAGCCGUGGAUGUGCCACCGGAAGUACGACUGCAACUGGAACGUGGCGGAACAACGGCCGUACGCCAGCGACGCCGCGCACGCCACGUGGUGGAAGCUACACGACGAAAUGGAGGUGGGCCUUCUGGUCUUAUGCGGGCCCACUGGGCCUAGGAAGAACGAGUUAGAGAAAGAGAGAAAGCAGGCCGAGGUGAUGGGCUUCAGCGACGGCCAUUGGAGGCUCAAUGUGUCUGAUCAGUCUGUGAGACUUGUUGUUAACGGCUGAUUUUUUUUAUUUAUUUAAAAAAAUUCAAAAAUAUUUUUGACUCAUUGUUGGGACUGUGUAUACGUAAAUAACAGUAGGGAUGUUAAUUAGCAUUUAAAAUUUGACAAAUUGCUCUUACCAUAAAACAUGAGUUUGCAUUUUGAAA